GGCGCGCGCUGGCAGAGAAGGUGUCUGGUCAUGGUGGUGGUGGCAGCCACGCCGAGCCCGGCCGCCGGGGCCCCUAAAGUGCUGCUUCUGUCCGGCAAGCCCGCCACAGCCGCCGCCGCCGCCCCGGCCGGCCGGGCUCUGCCGCUGAUGGUGCCGGGCCCGCGAGGGGUCAGCCCGGAGGCGGCGGACGCGGGGCAGCCCCAGGCGCGCAAGCGGCAGCGCCUCACGCACUUGAGCCCGGAGGAGAAGGCGCUGCGGAGGAAACUGAAGAACAGAGUAGCAGCUCAGACUGCCAGAGACCGAAAGAAAGCUCGAAUGAGUGAGCUGGAACAACAAGUGGUAGAUUUGGAAGAAGAGAACCAAAAACUUUUGCUAGAAAAUCAGCUUUUACGAGAGAAAACACAUGGCCUUGUAGUUGAGAACCAGGAGUUAAGACAGUGCUUGGGGAUGGAUGCCCUGGUUACUGAAGAGGAGACAGAGAACAAGGGGAAUGGAGUGAGGACAGUGGCCGGGUCUGCUGAGUCCGCAGCACUCAGACUACGUGCAUCUGCAGCAGGUGCAGGCCCAGUUGUCACCCCUCCAGAACAUCUCCCCAUGGAUUCUGAUGGUGUUGACUCUUCAGACUCUGAGUCUGAUAUCCUUUGGGGCAUUCUGGACAACCUGGACCCAGUCAUGUUCUUCAGAUGUCCUUCCCCAGAGUCUACCACCCUGGAGGAGCUCCCAGAGAUCUACCCAGAAGGACCUGGUUCCUUACCAGCCUCCCCUUCUCCAUCACUGGGGCCGUCAUCAGCCAAGUUGGAAGCCAUUAAUGAACUAAUUCAUUUUGACCACAUAUAUACCAAGCCCCUAGUCUUAGAGAUACCCUCUGAGACAGAGAGCCAAGCUAAUGUGGUAGUGAAAAUCGAGGAAGCACCUUUCAGCCCCUCAGAGAACGAUCGUCCUGAAUUCACCAUUUCGGUGAAGGAAGAAGUUGUAGAAGAUGACUUCAUUCCAGAGCUGGGUAUCUCAAACCUACUUUCAGCUAGCCACUGCCUGAAGCCACCUUCCUGCCUGCUGGAUUCUUAUUAUGACUGUGGAUAUGAAGGAUCCCCUUCGCCCUUCAGCGACAUGUCCUCCUCUCUUGAUGUAGACCAUUCUUGGGAGGACACUUUUGCCAACGAACUCUUUCCCCAGCUGAUUAGUGUCUAAGGAGUGAUUCAAUACUGUUGCCCUUUUCCUUGACUAUUACAUCACUUCCUGGAGGAUGGCAGAGAAGCCUGUGUGUGCUUCAUUUGAGCAGCCAAAAUAGAAGGGGUACAGUCCUAGAGAAUUCCUCUAUUUAUUCAAACCUCAGAGAUCACCCCGAGUAUUGUCUUUUGACAUUCAGCAGUCUGAGGUACUCAGAUACAUUACUUUUAAUUCACAACUACAGCUUUUGAGGUUGAACCUGUAUCUUAAGGGCAGUAGUUUGCCCUGAACUAUGUAAGGGUCAUUGGGCAAGUGUCUUAAAAUAGACAUGGAAUUUAUGAAUGGCCCUUCUCUUCCCCUUCUUGGCAUCCCAGGCUUGCCUCUGAUUUUAGGUCCUUUAGUUUGCUUCUGCAAGCAGAAAGAACACCUACCUGAGGGGGGCUACUUUUCCCUCAUGUACAGUUCAAGUAAAGAUCAAGAAUCUUUUGUAAAAUUAUAGAAAUUUACUAUGUAAAUGCUUGAUGAAAUCUUUCCCUGCUAGAGUAGCUUUUGAAAGGUGCUUUCUCCAUUUAUUUAAAACUACCCGUGCAAUUAAAAAGUGCAAUGUGG